GCGAAAGGGACAAGGCGGUGUGUUUAGUCUGGUGCUGAACUAACGCCCCCGGUUUUUUUAUUUAUUUAUUUAAUGGUGAAAAUGGAAAAUCUUCAUCUACCUCCAAUAAAGGACGUUUCCACCUCCCGAUUUAACCUAAACGUACAAAAUAUAGUAAAAAACAUAUUUCCGAAAAAUUCUGUUUUGUCGAGUCAGCAGGCAAGAAAAGGGGAGCCUGAAAGUGUCAAGAAUAUUCCAGUUAACUCCGAGGAUUCCAGCGGAGUCCAUGACAGUGAAGGGCACUCUCUGCAAAGCACCCGGGUGCUUAAGACGGAGGUUGAGGUUGAUAGAAUGGAGAAGCGGCUGGUCCUUAAGAAGCAGGAAUUCAAGGAUCGCAUGAGGGCCCUGGAGGGCAGCAGAGCUCAUCUUCGACUCCGGCAGCAAGAGAAAUCAGACCUGAAGCUGAAGGCAAUGGAGCAGCAGACUCUGAUCAAGCAGCUGGAAAGGGUGCAAAAUAAACUGCAGAUGGAGCUAGAAGAGCUCACACAGCAGCUGGAGCAUGUGGAAGUCAGGAAAACGCACUUGAAGAACAAGGUGUCCAAGUACAAGAUAUAUGAAGAUUAUUUAUGCAAGGUUUCAGAUCUGCUUCCUGAGAAUUUUCUGGAACAUGGAGUGGACUCGCUGGUCAAGCUUGUCAUACGCCGACAUGAGACCAUGUCCAUUGCCUACAUCGACCUAAUGACGCGACUGGAGACCCUGAUAGAGAAGUUGCAAAGGAAAAAACAUGCUGUGGAGACGCUCAGGCGGGAGCAUGAGGCUUACAGGCUGAUGUCCGAAAUGACACUGUCAGAGCUGCGGACCGAAUUGCACAGGAUUAAAGAGAGCAAUAAAGGGCAGGAGAUGAAACUGCUGAUGCUCCAGGGACAGUCGAGGGAUAGGACCGAGGAGAUGGAGAGACUGUUGACAGCAGUCAGUAAUCUGGGUGAGCAGUGCCAUAUGAAGCGUUUUGGCCCAUUGAAGGACUUGGACCCAUUAACCAAGCUGGAUAUGAUAAAGGAGUUUGUCAUGGAAAAAUCAGAAGUGAUCAAAACUAUGAUGGAUCCCCUCUCACAUCAAUCAAGCAUUGAGAAACUCCCAGAUAUUGGAGAGAGCAGUUAGCAAAGAGCAACAAAUUAUUAUUUUUUUUUUUUUUUAAGAAAAGUGAGUCAUUGGACUAGGAAGUUGACUUCUCGUAUGUUCAUGUAACAGACCUUUGACUUGAUAUAGGCAGGAAUUUUGUCUCUUAUGUGGGCCAUUUUUGGUGCCAUAACAUGUAAUUAAAAGUGAAGUUGGUUCAGUUUCUAUAGUUUGCAUGUUUUCUCCAUGUUAAUGUGUGUUUCCUUAAGGUGCUGCAGUUUCCUCCCGCAGCCAGAAGAUGUGUUGCAUGUGAAUUUGUGACUCUAAAUUGAUUGUUGUGUGUGUUCCACCCAGGCUGUACCCUGAUCUGAGUCUCUGUGAUCACCACAACUCUGCAUUUGACAAAUUACUGAGAAUGAAAGAAGAGAAUGAGAAACACAUAAUAUUUAAAAAAAACACAGGUCUGCAUUAUAUGUUUAUUCAU